AUGAGUAACUACAGCACUGUAUACACAAAUAUGAGUGCACCAGAAAUAGAUUGCGAGUUCGAUAAUCUCUACGUCGGUCCCCAUGGGAUGGAAAAUAUCCUGGGCCACGAAGCCAUUUCAGACUUUGAUUUAAUACAAAAUUUUGAGACCGAAUAUGGCAACGGCAUGAAUAUGUCAGUUACAGCCAAUACCAACCUUGAUUCUACGGGUAAUGGUCUCCACAAAAUGGAUCCCGCGUUCAUCACUAAUAACAGUUCGAAUUUGAACAUGUCUACUCCAGGGUACGAUAUGUCAGAGCCUGCUACUGUAUGUACUUCAAACUCAGGUCCUAUAUCACGUGUAUCAUCGGUGAGUCCCAUCCGGUCACGUGGGGUAGUGAAGUAUAAGAAAGGAAAGAAGGUCAAGGCUUCUCAUAAUGACAUUGAAAAGAAGUACAGGACAAGUAUAAACAGCAAAAUUGCUGAGUUGAGCGAAUUGGUCCCAACGAUACGAUAUGGACAAAAAGAAUCCUCCAGUGAGGAGAUAACACAAAAGGACAUCGACGAUUUGGAUGGUUUACAACCUACAAAGAAGUUGAACAAGGGCACCAUACUGACAAAGACGAUCGAGUACUUGACGCACCUCGAGAACAAGUGUAACGAGUACAAAAUGUUAAACAAAAAACUAAUGAACAAUAAUAACUAUAGUAUAAGUCAACUGCCCAUAAAAGUAGAGCAGCCCGAAAUCACGUCGUCAAGGAGUCAAUCAGUGGGAAUCUUUUCUAACCCAAAUUGUGACAACCAAAGUUUCUCUCCGUUGGACAAUCAAAUAUCCAACGUUGACAACCAUAUUUUCAACUUCUGUGCAGAAGCGCCACAGAGGAACACCACCUACUUUACAUUCGAACAUGUUAGAGAAUGUAUCAACGACCAGACUUUUAACGCUACAAAUAAUAACAUUCAAAACAUAAUCAAUUGA